CGAUCCGGUUCGUAUCCAGACCGGUUCUUCUCGUGAACACCCUCCCAUAUAAAUACCCCGGCAAGUCCAUUCCUCCGUCCCACGUUUGCUUCAUCGUCCUCGUUGUCUGAAAGAUCCCUGAAACACAAAAGGGGUCGCAUUUGCUCUGUCCGUCCGCCUAGUCCGGAAACGAAAAUGCCUCAGGGAAAGCUUGAAGUUCUCCUCGUGGGCGCCAAGGGCCUCGAGAACACAGAUUUUCUCAGUAACAUGGACCCCUAUGUCAUCAUUACAUGCCGGACUCAGGAGAAGAAAAGCAGUGUUGCAUCAGGAAAAGGGACCGACCCAGAGUGGAACGAGACUUUCCUAUUCACAGUAUCACAUGGAGUUUCAGAGCUCAAAUUGAAAUUAAUGGACAGUGACAACUUUUCGUCAGAUGAUUUUGUAGGCGAAGUAACGAUUCCUUUGGAUCCGGUGUUCGAGGAAGGUAAUGUUCCCCCGACAUCAUACAAUGUGGUCAAGGAUGAAGAAUACUGUGGAGAGAUCAGAAUCGGUCUCACCUUUACUCCUGAGGAAAGCAAUGAGCGAGAAUUUCAGCCAGAGGAAAGCUAUGGCGGAUGGAAAGAGUCUUCAUUCAACUGAACAGAGUCCCGGUCUUGGACUUGCUUUGAAAUUUCUGCCAUUUGAUGCAUCCCAAAUGGCAAAGAACAAUGUAAUUCCCGUCUCUACUCUCUUUCCAUUUUGUGGAUAGUAAUGGAGUUUGAGCGGAUGCAUUUUAAUUUUCGAUGCUACAGAUUGGGAUCUUUUAUUGUCUGAUGUCUGAUGAAGCGCCUCGAACUAGCGUGGUUGUGUUUUUUAGAA